CAGCCACCCAGUCGUCAGUCGAUCGUCUCGCUGAUACGUCGCGCGGCGUCUCGUUCGCGCUGUCCUCCUGCGUGUUGUUUAUAUUCGUUUUCUGUCGAUUUUUUCCCUCCGCGUGUUUAGUAGUUGACGGCCACAGUGGUCGAUUUCUCGCCGUUGGACGGUGUUUUCGGUAUUUUUUGUUAUUCUUUUCGAAUCGGUUAGUUUUAUCGACGAUUUUUGUUUUUCGAUCGCCAGCAAAAAAAUUUGCCACAGACAUAAUACCACAAUUUAUACGUCGUUCGGAUCGCGCAGUCCCGCUGUCGGUGAACGAUAUUAUUAUUACCCGGAGUGUUGUUUUGUUUUUUUCGACCACGCAUACACGUAGUACUUGCGUCGCGUAUGCCAUUCAUUUAGAAGACAGCGACAGUAGAUAACUACGAUAUUGAUACCAAUUAUUUAUUAUUUAUUUAACAAUGAGGACCGUCGUUUACGCGAUAUUAUUGCUGUGUUUUGGCGGCACAUUCGCCCAGUCCACAGUUUCCACAGACAAGCCAUUGGUUUCGACCACCACCAGACGGCCAAUACCCCAUGUCGAAUGUACACUGAGGCAACACACUUGCGGCAAUGGGAAAUGUGUACCACUAGCGUGGACGUGCGAUGGGGAUGACGAUUGCGGUGAUAACACUGACGAGCAGCCUGACAUGUGCAAAACAGGAAUGGCAAACGUCACAUGUUCGGAAAACGAAUUUCAAUGUAAAAACGGACACUGUAUAGCGCUUCACUGGCAAUGCGAUAACGAAGCAGAUUGCAAAGACGGUAGCGACGAAGACCCAAAAAUAUGUCAAAAACGAGUGUGCAACACUGAUGAGUUCACUUGCCGCAAGGCCAAAGGCGAGUGCAUCCCGCUGACAUGGAUGUGCGACGGCAAUCCAGACUGUUCGGAUGGCUCCGACGAGAAGGAGUGCAACGAAACAUGUAGAGACGACGAGUUCACGUGCGGCAACGGAAAGUGUAUUCAAAAGAUUUGGGUAUGUGACAGAGACGACGACUGUCAAGACGGCACGGAUGAGCUGAACUGUCCCAACAUCACAUGUUCCGAGUCCGAAUUCGCCUGCGUCAAAGACAACACUUGCAUAACGUUGAAUUGGCGUUGUGACGGCGACUUUGACUGUACUGACCAAACUGACGAAAUAGGUUGCGCCGAAUCUACCAGAUCAUCGCAGUGCCGUUCUUCUGAGUUUGAGUGCGACGACCACAGCCACUGCGUCAUCCAGUCUUGGGUAUGCGAUGGCAGCGUAGACUGCGCCGACGGAUCCGACGAAGCACCUCACAGGUGUCACAACACCACGUGUCGGUCCGACCAGUUCCGUUGUCGGGACAACACAUGCAUUCCCGGAUUCCUCCAUUGUUCCGGUACGCCCGACUGCGCCGACGGAAGUGACGAAGAAAACUGCAAAGAACCUGUGCACAAGUGCGACCCGUACACGGAGUUCGACUGCGGCAACGACGAAACGGGUGGCAUAUGCAUACCCAUGGAGAAGGUGUGCGACAAGAACAUGGACUGUCCCGGGUUCGAGGACGAGGAACAGGAAUCGUGCAACGUAAACGAGUGUCUGAUCAACAACGGAGGCUGUACGCAGAUCUGCGUCGAUUUGCCGCACACUUUCCGCUGUGCCUGCAAGCCCGGCUACAAGCUCAUCAACAACAACACGUGUGAUGACGUAAACGAAUGCGAGAUCGAAGGCAGCUGUUCGCAGAUAUGUAUCAACGAAAAGGGCACUUACAAAUGUGAAUGUGAACCGGGAUACCUGCGGGACCCACAAGAUCACACCCGGUGCAAGGCAAUGGAAGGACACGCGUCCCUCUUGUUCUCCAUGCAACACAACAUACGGAAGAUAUCAUUGGAUCAUCAUGAGAUGUCCGCCAUCAUCAACAGCACGAAAUCGGCCACGGCCAUCGAUUUUGUAUUCCGCACCGGAAUGAUAUACUGGGGAGACGUAUCAGAAAAGAAAAUUUACAAAGCGCCGAUCGACGAAGGCCGACAACGGACAAUCGUAGUGGAAAGCGGCUUGUCGUCGGCCGACGGUUUGGCUGUGGACUGGAUUUACGGACACAUCUACUGGACAAACGCGGACAAGGACUCCAUCGAAUUGGCCAACUUCGAGGGCAACAUGCAGAAGACGCUUUUCAAGUCGGAACUGAAGGAACCCAGGUCGAUAGCCGUGGACCCACUCAACGGGUGGCUGUAUUGGAGUGACUGGGGUAGCAACGCAAAGAUCGAACGGGCCGGCAUGGACGGCACCCACCGGGAGGUGAUCGCAUCGUUCGACGUGAAAUGGCCAAACGGCAUCACCCUGGACCUUGUGUCCAAGCGGCUGUACUGGGUGGACGCCAAGCUCCACACCAUUUCGUCGUGCAACUUCGACGGCAGCCAGCGGCGCCUGGUCCUAUUCAGCCCCGUCUGGUUACCGCACCCGUUCAGCAUAUCCACGUUCGAGGACUCGCUGUACUGGUCCGAUUGGAACCAGAAGGCGAUAAUCAAGGCCAACAAGUUUAACGGUUCCAACAUCACCACUGUCACCGCCUUGCACAUGACUCAGAACCCGAUGGUGGUGCACGUUUACCAUCCGUACAGACAACCCGACGGCGUGAACUACUGCGCCGCCGUCAACGGUCACUGUUCCCAUCUGUGCCUGCCGGCACCGCAAAUCAACAGCAAGUCGCCGAAAAUUUCGUGCUCUUGUCCCAACGGUCUGAUGCUGAUGUCCGACGGUCUGAUGUGCGCCGAAGAAGCUAAGAACUCAACGGUUUUACCGAAACACCACAAACCCAGAAUUUAUAAAAAAUUCAAUAUUACGCUGAUAAAUACGAACAGAACGAUGACGGAAGUAAACGUCAACGACCACAACGAACAAGAGGACAGCGGACUCAUAGCCGCCAUAAUAAUAUUCUCCGGUUCGCUAUUGAUCACUCUCGCAGCCCUGGGCGCUUUCCUGUUGUACCGGCACUACUUGCACCGCAACGUGACCAGCAUGAACUUCGACAACCCCAUCUACAGGAAAACGACCGAAGACCAGUUCACGCUGGAGAAGAGUCAGUACCAGCCAGCGAGGGUAUACCCCACAUCCGUCGGCGAGGAGUUCUUUAACGACAACUCGGCCGAAGAGCCGUUGACUCGUCCUGGCACCAACGAGUACGUCUAAAGUAUAGACCGUUUAUAGUUUCUCUGCACACAACACUAGUCAAUGAAAAAAUAAAAAUAAACAAA